AUGCCCAUCUCCUCACUGCUCCACGCACCUGCCGUUGCCGCUGCCGCUGCCGCUGCCGCUGACGCUGCCGCUGCUGCUGCUUCGGCUGCACCUGAUGCCUCAUCCGGCUGCCGGCUGCCGGCUGCCGUCUGCGCAACCAUCAUGCCCACCUCGGUGAUCUGCAAUAGCAUCGCCAAGGCCGCCAGCGCCGCAUGUGCGGGCCACGUACUCCUUACUGUGCCACAUACAUUAAUGCCUAAUGCUACUGCGCAUGCUGUCCGCACAGGCAGGUCUACCAAUGCCUGCCAAUCAUGACUGCUCUGCCACAUGUCCCAAUUCACAUGCGCAUCAUGGACUGCGCAAAGCAACAACAACAACAACAACAACAUGUACAUACAAUUGCAUUGCCUGACGCACUGCUAACUACUGCUUCUGCUGCCUUCAUCUACAUAUAUGUAGGUGCAAACAGCGGGGCAUGUGGAUGUGCGCCUGCAGUAUGCACAAGUUCCCACUGGCAUCAUACUGGUAAGAGUGGACAAACAUGAUUCAUGCGAUACGUCACUUCCUGUCGCCAGGCCCAGGCACUCACUUGGCGUUACUAAAAGGAAGAAAGCCAUUGAAGACGGUGUGAAUGCCAUACAAAAUGCUAUGCCUCGGCCAACAGCAACUGCCACAGCAACAACAACAACAACAACAACAUCCUCAUCAGCAUCAGCAUCAGCAUCCAGCCCGACUGUCAUAUUUCCACCACAAUCCCACCUCAUUACCUCUGCUCACUAUGUGACAAUCAUGCAAGGCAUACCUCAGUUGCACUUAGUAGACAUUCGGCACAACCAUCCUCAUGCGCAAUGCAACCGACCAAUCCAUCUCUAAUCACACAAUGCCCAUCUCCUCACUGCUCCACGCACCUGCCGUUGCCGCUGCCGCUGCCGCUGCUGCUGCUGCUGCUGCUGCUGCACCUGAUGCCUCAUUCGGCUGCCGGCUGUCGGCUGCCGUCUGCACAACCAUCAUGCACACCUCGGUGAUCUGCAAUAGCAUAGCCAAGGCCGCCAGCGCCGCAUGUGCGGGCCACGUACUCCUUACUGUGCCACAUACAUGA